UAGGUUCGAGCUCUCCAACCCAGGUUUCUUCGAGUUUAUCUGUCUUAACUGGCUCGCCGGGUUUUCCAGCAUUCCUCGAGCUACGACUCUUUAAUCCAGGCUGGAGGUGACUGAGCGUACCGAGACCCAGGAUUUGUCUCCCCCACCCAGGUUCCGGGUUUCCCCGACUCUCUCCCACACCGGACUCCACACGAGCCGGGGAUCCGGAUCCGAGGACAAGCAAUGAUGUUGUCCACUGGGCAUGUACUGACCAUUGUGGCAGGUCUGAGAACAUAGCUGAAGCUGAAAAUAGGAAAGCUGGGGGCAAGGAAGAGCCUUGAACCUUGAGGUGGGACGUUGACUCUAAGAUGUCCUUGAGCAGUGGAGCCUCCGGAGGGAAAGGAGUGGAUGCAAACCCGGUUGAGACAUACGACAGUGGGGAUGAAUGGGACAUUGGAGUAGGGAAUCUCAUCAUUGACCUGGACGCCGAUCUGGAAAAGGACCAGCAGAAACUGGAAAUGUCAGGCUCAAAGGAGGUGGGGAUGCCAGCUCCCAAUGCUGUGGCCACACUACCAGACAACAUCAAGUUUGUUACCCCAGUGCCAGGUCCUCAAGGGAAGGAAGGCAAAUCAAAAUCCAAAAGGAAUAAGAGUGGCAAAGACACUAGCAAACCCACUCCAGGGACUUCUCUAUUCACUCCGAAUGAGGGGGCAGCUAGCAAGAAAGAGGUGCAGGGACGCUCAGGAGAUGGUGCCAAUGCGGGAGGCCUGGUUGCUGCUAUUGCUCCCAAGGGCUCAGAGAAGGCGGCUAAGGCAUCCCGCAGUGUAGCUGGCUCCAAAAAGGAGAAGGAGAACAGCUCAUCUAAGAGCAAGAAAGAGAGAAGUGACGGAGUGGGGACUUGUUCGGAAAAGGAUCCUGGUGUCCUCCAGCCAGUUCCUCUGGGAGGACGGGGUGGUCAGUAUGAUGGAAGUGCAGAGGUCGAUACAGGAGCUGUGGAGCCUCUUGGGAGUAUAGCUAUUGAGCCUGGGGCAGCGCUCAAUCCUUUGGGAGCUAAACCGGAGCCAGAGGAAGGGGAGAAUGAGUGUCGUCCGCUAAAGAAAGUCAAGUCUGAAAAGAUGGAGUCCCCUGUCUCCACACCGGCAGUGCUGCCACUGCACCUUUUAGUGCCAGUGGUCAGUAAUGACAUCUCAUCCCCCUGUGAGCAGAUCAUGGUUCGCACCCGAUCAGUUGGGGUGAACACAUGUGAUGUGGCUCUAGCCACAGAGCCUGAAUGCCUGGGCCCCUGUGAACCUGGGACCAGCGUCAAUCUUGAGGGCAUCGUGUGGCAGGAAACGGAAGAUGGGAUGUUGGUGGUAAAUGUAACAUGGAGGAACAAGACCUAUGUAGGUACACUUCUUGACUGUACACGGCAUGAUUGGGCACCCCCAAGGUUCUGUGACUCCCCGACCAGUGACUUGGAAAUGCGUAAUGGUCGGGGUAGAGGCAAACGCAUGCGUCCCAACAGUAACACACCUGUCAAUGAGACAGCCACAGCCUCUGACAGCAAAGGGACCAGCAGCAGUAGCAAAACCCGGGCAGGAGCCAAUAGCAAAGGCCGUCGGGGCAGCCAAAACUCUUCAGAGCAUCGCCCACCUGCUAGCAGCACCUCUGAGGAUGUCAAAGCCAGCCCUUCCUCAGCUAAUAAGCGGAAAAACAAACCCCUUUCAGACAUGGAGCUGAAUUCUAGUUCAGAGGACUCCAAAGGGAGCAAGCGUGUCCGUACAAAUUCCAUGGGCUCAGCCACUGGCCCCCUCCCUGGGACCAAGGUGGAACCCACUAUUCUGGACAGAAAUUGUCCCUCCCCAGUCCUAAUUGACUGUCCCCACCCAAACUGCAACAAAAAGUACAAGCACAUCAAUGGACUUAAGUACCACCAAGCUCAUGCCCAUACAGAUGAUGACAGCAAGCCAGAAGCGGAUGGAGACAGUGAGUACGGAGAGGAGCCCACCCUCCAUGCAGAUCUCGGAAGCUGCAAUGGUGCAUCUGUCUCACAAAAAGGUUCCUUGUCCCCUGCCCGCUCAGCUACCCCCAAAGUUCGGCUCAUAGAGCCCCAUAGCCCUUCUCCUUCAAGCAAAUUCAGCACAAGAGGCCUCUGUAAGAAAAAGUUGAGUGGAGAAGGGGAUACAGAUCUUGGGGCCUUAUCCAAUGAUGGCUCUGAUGAUGGACCUUCAGUAAUGGAUGAAACAAGCAAUGAUGCCUUUGAUUCUUUGGAAAGGAAGUGUAUGGAAAAAGAAAAAUGUAAAAAACCCUCUAGUUUGAAACCGGAAAAGAUUCCUUCCAAGAGCCUAAAGUCAGCCCGGCCCAUUGCCCCUGCCAUCCCUCCUCAACAAAUCUAUACCUUCCAGACAGCCACUUUCACAGCAGCAAGCCCAGGCUCCUCCCCAGGCUUGACCACCACAGUGGUCCAAGCCAUGCCCAGCAGCCCCCAACUCAAGCCCAUUCAGCCCAAGCCCACUGUCAUGGGAGAACCUUUCACAGUCAACCCUGCCUUGACACCAGCCAAGGAUAAGAAAAAGAAGGACAAAAAAAAGAAAGAAUCUUCAAAAGAACUUGAAAGUCCCCUGACCCCUGGGAAGGUGUGUAGAGCAGAAGAAGGCAAAAGCCCAUUCAGGGAAUCAUCAGGAGAUGGGAUGAAAAUGGAGGGGCUUCUAAAUGGUUCAUCUGAUCCCCACCAGAGCCGACUUGCUAGCAUCAAGGCUGAAGCUGACAAGAUCUAUAGCUUCACAGACAAUGCCCCCAGCCCUUCAAUUGGAGGUAGUAGCCGCCUAGAUAGCACUACCCCUACCCAGCCCAUGACUUCCUUACAUGUAGUAACCCAGAAUGGAGCUGAAGCCAGCUCUGUCAAAACCAACAGUCCUGCAUACUCUGACAUCUCUGAUGCUGGGGAGGAUGGGGAAGGCAAGGUGGACAGUGUCAAAUCAAAAGACCCCGAACAGUUGGUUAAGGAAGGGGCUAAGAAAACCCUUUUCCCCCCUCAGUCACAGAGCAAAGACUCACCAUAUUACCAAGGUUUUGAGAGUUACUACUCUCCAAGUUACACACAGUCCAGCCCAGGGGCUCUGAACCCCAGCAGCCAGACAGGGCUGGAGAGCCAGUCCCUGAAGACAAAAAAGGAUGAGGAGCCUGAGAGCAUAGAGGGGAAAGUGAAGAAUGAUGUCUCUGAGGAGAAGAAACCAGAGCUGAGCAGUUCCAGUCAGCAGCCCUCUGUCAUCCAGCAGCGUCCCAAUAUGUAUAUGCAGUCCCUUUACUACAACCAGUAUGCCUACGUGCCCCCCUAUGGCUACAGCGACCAGAGUUAUCACACCCACCUUCUGAGCACCAACACAGCUUACCGGCAGCAGUAUGAAGAACAACAGAAACGGCAGAGCUUGGAGCAGCAGCAGCGGGGACUGGACAAAAAGACAGAGAUGGGCCUGAAGGAGCGGGAGGCAGCGCUCAAGGAAGAGUGGAAGCAAAAGCCAUCAAUUCCACCAACUCUCACCAAGGCCCCCAGCCUGACAGACUUAGUUAAGUCAGGACCUGGCAAAGCCAAGGAGCCAGGGGCCGACCCUACCAAAUCAGUCAUUAUUCCCAAGUUAGAUGACUCUUCAAAACUCCCCAGCCAGGCCCCAGAAGGACUUCAGGUGAAGCUGAGUGGCACUAGCCAUCUAGGCAAGGAGGCCUCUGAGGCUAAGGCAGGUGCUGAGUGUGGCCGCCAGGCAGAGGUGGAUCCAAUACUCUGGUACCGACAGGAGGCAGAGCCCCGGAUGUGGACAUAUGUUUAUCCUGCCAAAUACGCAGACAUCAAGUCAGAGGAUGAGCGGUGGAAAGAGGAGCGGGACCGCAAAUUGAAGGAGGAAAGGAGUCGGAGUAAGGACUCUGUCCCCAAAGAGGAUGGGAAGGAAAGCACAAGUAGUGACUGCAAGCUGCCCCCAUCUGAGGAAUCUCGCCUUGGGAGCAAGGAGCCCCGACCAAGUGUCCAUGUGCCUGUGUCCUCCCCACUCACCCAGCACCAGUCCUACAUCCCCUACAUGCAUGGCUAUUCCUACAGCCAGUCCUAUGACCCCAACCACCCCAGCUACCGGGGCAUGCCUGCUGUGAUGAUGCAGAACUACCCAGGUUCAUACCUUCCUUCCAGCUACUCUUUCUCCCCAUAUGGCAGCAAAGUCUCAGGGGGUGAAGAUGUCGACAAGGCACGAGCCAGCCCCAGUGUCAGCUGUAAAUCUGGCUCAGAGUCCAAAGCCCUGGACAUCUUGCAGCAGCAUGCCAGUCAUUACAAGAGCAAGUCUCCCACGAUAAGUGAUAAAACUCCUCAGGAGAGAGAUCGGGGAGGCUGUGGAGUAGUUGGUGGUGGUGGCAGCUGUAGCAGCAUCGGGGGAGCAGGCGGGGGUGAAAGGAGUGUAGACCGGCCCCGCACCUCCCCUUCCCAGCGCCUGAUGUCCACACAUCACCACCACCACCACUUGGGGUACUCAUUGCUCCCAGCACAGUACAACUUACCCUAUGCAGCAGGGCUUUCUUCUACAGCCAUUGUUGCCAGCCAGCAAGGCUCAACUCCCUCACUCUACCCACCCCCCCGGAGGUGAAAAUGAACACCAAGUGCCCGGAUAAAGACAGCUUCACCGGCCCGGACUGGUUCACCCAAGGAGGUGCUGGAGGUGCCAUUUAGACAUCAGUUAAAUGGUGUUGAGCAUCCUGUUUGCUGUUUCCACCAUGACCGAAGGCAGACCCUUGGCUGUCUCACCUCCACCAGAUCCCCGGACUCCCUGCCCCUCCCUCUUCCUCAGGAGCUGGGGAGCUGGUACAUAACAAAAAUAUUUAUUCUCUUGGCCACAAUCGUGACUGUUGUGGCCUCUCUGGAGAUGAAGGCAUAGGGAGCAACCAGGGGAACAUGGCCUCAGCCCAGAGAAGUCACUGCUCUGUUCCCCAAGAUCCUGGUCAGCUGCUGGAGCAGUAUCAACCCCCAGGGAGGGACACCCAAGCACUGGGUAAGGUUUGAAGACAGCACAGCAGCCAUACCCCUCUCACUGUCAUUACCACCAUCACCAGAUCCUGUAUCUCCCCAGCGUUUUGGGCCUCGGGCAAACAUGGAGGAAUUAGAAUCUCAGGAAAGAAAUUGGGAGCUGUUUUCCCUGUAAUUGAGAAAACAUGGUCUUCAAAUAUGAAGACUCCUCCCUCUCACAUGAGCACAUAUAAUUGCUCAGAGCCUAGCCUGGAAAGGAAGACCCAAAGCAUUUGUCCCACCAGGGCCUUGAGCUCCUAUCAGGGAGAAGGCAAGGGGUCCCAACCCCAGCACAGGGCUCCCAAGGGAUAUGGGAGUAAGCUGGAGUUGGAGAAGCUGGAGCUGGAGCAUGAAUGGAGUCUAUGAAGUAGAACCUGCAUCCCCACUAAGUCCUGCUGCUACCUAUCCCUCAACUCCUUGCCCUUUUCUCUCCUCCCUCCUGACCCCUUGGUGCCUUUCCCAGGGGGGAUCUCCGAACUGAUCUCUUCUUUUCCACAGCUCUUAAGACUCAGGCAGAUAAAACAGUAUUCCCCUCACAUGGGGAGCUUUGGAGUCUGCCAGGUCACCUGAGGGCAAGACCCAGGAAGCAGGUCUUGGGAACACCCAGCAGUUCUUAGAGAUGUCCUGUCCAUUCAGCCAUCUGAGUAGCCUCCUCCUUUAGGGCCACAAAUAUAUACAGCCCAAGUUUCUCUGUCUACAAAAACAUUUAUAUAGCUCAAUCUGUAACCUCCUUUUGUGCCAAUAUAAGCCGUGUUUAUAUGUAACACACUUGGUUUGAUUCUAGGGGCCACUGGCCAUGGGAGGUUAUUUGUUCCUUAGACUCUGGGAUAAUUCAUCUAGGGCCACAAAGUAUCCUCAGCAGAGCUGUGAUUUGAGGCAGCAGACUGCUAUCCUUAGAAAUGCAGUUUCCCAGUCCAAGCUUUAUGCUCUUUUGACCUGGAAAGUGACAAUGAUUUGGUAGCUUUAUUAGAGUCACUUCUUCCCCAUGGUGUGGGGAGUUCUUGCUCUUACUUUACUUUUAGGAGAUCAUCCCUUUGUUUCCUCCUCUGCUACCUUUCCUUGAGCCUCUGGAUUGAGAGAGAAAGACUGAUCUGACACCAGCUUAAGCUAGAAAACAGCUUUUGUGACCAGAGUGCCAAAAGUGAAAGUAUAAAGGGAGGAGCGUUGCUCUGACUCAGUUUGGAGAAUGGGGGAAGAGGGGUAGGAAACUGUAAGCACAAUGCCCAGCAGAGUUUAGUUUCCACAGGGCCUGGAGUAAUAUCUAUGUCUAGGGGUAUAGAUAGGCUGAGGUCACAGGGUCAUUUGCCCAAGACGAGCCACCUCUGACCUACAGACCUUUCCUCUGGGUUUCCAUGUUUUGUUUUUGUUCAAUUUGGGUUCUGAGACACCUCCCCCCUCCCCACUCCCCACCCCAAAAAAAACCCCCACUGUUUAGAUCUCUUGGCAGACCCUCAAGCAGCCUUCUUUUUAACCCAUCGUUCCCUCUGCCUCCUGCUGCCCCAGUGGGCAGUGCUCUGAGCAGCGACUUCCCUUUCAUCCAUGGAAGUAACUGAUGUGAACACCUUCACCCCACUUAACCUGAGUCACCACCACCAAAGGGAUGACUGAAUUUCAACCCGAUUAUGCCCUCCCAGGUUCCUGUGGGGUAGAGCUAAGGGUCUAUCUCUGUUCCUGUUUGUUUUUAAAUAUUGUCGUGUGUUUUGUAUCUGUGGCACUGGCCUCCAGUGUACUCUGUACAUAUUGUAAAGAAAGUUUGGAGUAAUUUUCUUUCCCGUUGGGCAGGCAUGGCCCCACAUUCCCACCUUUUCCACUUCGUUCUGUAACACAAAGAGGAGAAAGCUUCUGUAUUAGCAGGGCAGCCUUGGGUUCUGCAGAAGGGAACAGUUCCCCCCGCCCCCACUCCCCUUAAAAAACAUUUGGCUCUUCGAUUCUUGUAUCUAAUUCUCCCUUAAAGAGUAGGAGGUGCUCAAAAGAGCAGAUGAAAGCAAAAAUGGCAGAAUGGCACUGCCUUUUCCUGGUCCAUGAUCCUUGCCAGAGCCAAUCUUCCCUCCCUGAAAUAAUACAAAGCGACAGCAGCCAUACAGGAAAUAGAGACCCUUGACAAGUGCUGUCUACUUCCAGCCUCUCUACUUGGCAAGGAGGGACAGGUGGGGGGUACAUGUGGCACCUAUGACCUAUUCAGAGGGAUGAGGCACUCAGUAAGGAUCUCCACCUUACCCCAGGGGCAAGGGCUGAAAAAAUUUGCUGCUAAGGGCCCAGACCAUCAGACCAAAGGCUCUGAGCCACUCUUGCUCAGGCCUUCAUGAUAGCUCAGGGUUUGGGGCUCCCCUAGGUUGGGGCCAGGAAAGGGAACAAGAGCCUCAUCCCCAGGUAAGAUAGCUAAGGAUUGGAGGAAAGCUGCACUUUAGGAUUCCCAUCUAUUUCUUCUUCAUUUAGAGUGUGCCAGCUCCCUUUAUCUCCCUUUCCCUGCCUUGGUCAUUUAAAAAAAGUUUCCUUCUCUUAUCCACCCUCUCCUCACAUCCCAAGGUCAAAGGACCACAGAAGGAUAAAAGGACACCCCAUGAACAAAAGAGUGAUUCUUGAAUCUCUUCUCUUCAGGCUCUAAGGUGAAGGUGGAAGGACUUAAGAGAGUUGGGGGUUGACUGCAGAAGGGCUAAAGAAUUAUUGUAUAUGGACUUUUGAGGCAACCAAUGUCCCUUAUUAUCCCAUAUAUCCCCAUGACCAUCCCAGUGUCUACUCUGAUGCCCUCCAAGAUUAAACUGGGCAGCUAGUUAACCCCAUAAUUCUGGGCCUUUGUUAUUUGCUUUAUUAUGAGGUCAUCCCAGAAAGCUUUCUGAUGAUCCCCCCUGCCAUGGGCCCCUCCCAGUAUUGAACCCCUCCCAGGCCCUGUCCCCAGCCCCUCCUGCCCCAGCCCACCCGCUUGCCUUGGUGCUCAGCCCCACAUUGGGAGCAGAUUGGGGCAAGCUGGAGGCCCGGGCUGGAGGGGCAGUGUUGCUGUUUGUAGCUUUUGUUCCAUUGGCGUUGCUCUGUUGGAUUUAAUUUCAGUCUUCUUAUUCUUCCCUUCUGUAAAGUGUACAUUACCAAGUUCCUUGUUUUUUUAUAUAUAUAUAUAAAUAUAUAUAUAUAUAUAUAUAUAAACUGUACUCUUUUUGCCUUUGUACAUUUAGGCAAGAAGAGAAAAAUAAAUCUUUUUAAGAGACAAUCACAAAUCUGUGAGGGCUACUGGUUAUUUCUCCUGGAGUUUGCUGCUGAGCUGCCUCCCCCUUCCAACUUUUCCAUUCUCCCUCAGCUUUCCUGAUCUUCCUGGUCCUGCUCCAUAGGCAUCCUCAGCUUCACCUUCCCUGACUGAUGGCAAGCUGUUGAAUUCAGUGUCCAAACUACCUGUCCUGCAGCCCUUUCCUAUCCAGCAUUGUUUUCUGGCCUGCACACUGGCUUAGCCCAAACCUUAAUCCUGUGCCCUGGCCUCUCCUCUCUUCACCUUUAGAUCUCAUUCACCAAAGUGGCUUUGGAUCCCUGGGUACUCUGGGAAUUACCUCCUGGAGACCCUGGCUUUGAAAACUCACCUGUAAAACUAUGCAGCUGAGAGCUCUCUGCCUACUAAUUUGCAUUAUUCAAAUCUGACUGGGAGUCAGAACUGAUGGAUUUUAAGCAUAAGUGGGAAACUGUCCCCAACUCUCCCCACAGAGUCCAGCCUCCAGAGAGCUCUGAUUCCAAAGUCCAGAGAAUCACUCCUGGCUGGUGGACUCCUAGCUACCCCAUCAGAAAAGGGCUAAAGGUUUAUGGGUCAAGAGCAUUUGAUCAGAAUUUCAAAGGGUGGUAACAUUCUGAAACACAACCCAACCAAACUAUUGUUUUACCUCUCUUAACUUUCUCCUCUUCCUCUACUUUCCUCCUCUCCUCCUUUGGCCCUUUCUCUCCCUUUUCCUAAUUGGCUUUGGAAUUGAAGUAUAUUUUUAAAUUAUUUGUUGUAUUUAUUGAAUAAAGUUUUAAUGUCCCUGUUCUUACAUUUAGACUUAGUUUGCCUUUCACAUCUUA